UCCGCCUCCGAACCAAAUCUAGUCCAAAUCGCAGCGGACUUUGACCCCACCGACGUCGCGAACGACGCCAGCUGGGAUAAGUAUAAGAAGAAAGGCAACUGGCUCCAUUGCCUCAUGGAUAUGCCAGACGAGGUCGCCGGUCGAAACUGGCCCAACUACCUGAACCGCAAUCCGCCGUCAGCCAGGAGCCAGUGGAAAGGAACACUUGAAGGCAACCACGAACUCAAGGAUUGGUACUGGCACGAAGCCUACUAUGACCCGGACAUCAACUGCCACUUUUCGGACGAUUUCCAGAACCAUGAGUCGAAGAACAGAAUUGAGGCUGCGCUUAAGGACCUUGGACUGAGUAUCAAGCCGGUCGGAGAUGGUGGCAAGAACAGGUGUUACUCUAUCGAGCAUAUGGAUGAGAACGAUGUGGAUGAUUAUGAUGAAGAAGUCCCUGUAGACAUGCAGACUUACUUUAUUGGAGACAAAGAGUAUGGCGUGAGUGCUACUGGAGCUUACUACCGCUUCGCUUUUAAUGCGGAACAAGGAGCAAUCUACGGCCACAACUUCCUCGCCCCCUGGCCUGCCGCCAUGGAAAACUACGCCGGAGAUUUCCCUGCCGACGAACUCCCCGCCCUGCGCCAGGCCUCCGACAUCCUCGCCGCCUUCUGGUUGCGCAAUCCCAACCCCAAAACCCUAAAAUACUGGUUCGGCAGCGACAUCAUCAACGUAGAUGCUGUACCCGUCAUCAACAGGAUCCUCCUGGCUAGAGGCUACAACGAAGUACCGCAUUGGCCAGGCGUACAAAUAGACGCGCCCAGUGACGAGUAUCUCGCACUCCUAGGCACACCCGUCGGCGCAAACAAAGCCUUUAUGCUGGUUCAGCACAAGGCGGAGCUGGGGCUGAAACAUAUUCCCAGUAUUACUAUCUUUCGUGAUGCGACGAAUCCUGCGCGUCCGGAAGAUAAUAGGCCGGAAUACCAGCUUUUGUUUCGUAUUGAAGAUGUA